AUGGCGGCGAGCACAGGUUACGUGCGGCUGUGGGGUGCUGCGCGGUGCUGGGCCCUGCGGCGGCCGCUGCUGGCCGCCACCGGGAGGCGGGCCCCGUCCGCGUCCGGAGCCUGGUUGCCCAGAGGCCGGCGGGCCUGCGACGCCUCGCCUCCUUGGGCGCUUUGGGGCCGAGGCCCGGCGGCCGCGGGCCAGCGGCGAGCGCUGUGGGAGGGGAGCAACCGCGGCCACGGGUCUUUCUCGGGCGGCGAGGACGCCUCGGAAGGUGGCGCAGAGGAAGGGUCUGGGAGCCCGGGGGGCAGCUCGGGCGGCGGGGAAGGGCCGGUCAUAACGGCACUCACGCCCAUGACGAUCCCGGACGUGUUCCCGCACUUACCGCUCAUCGCCAUCACCCGCAACCCGGUGUUCCCGCGCUUUAUCAAGAUCGUGGAGGUUAAAAAUAAGAAGUUGGUUGAGCUGCUGAGAAGGAAAGUUCGUCUGGCCCAGCCAUAUGUUGGCGUGUUCCUAAAGAGAGAUGACAACAAUGAGUCUGACGUGGUGGAAAGCCUGGACGAGGUCUACCACACGGGCACCUUCGCCCAGAUCCAUGAGAUGCAGGACCUCGGGGACAAGCUGCGCAUGAUCGUCACGGGGCACAGAAGGAUUCGCAUCAGCAGACAGCUGGAGGUGGAGCCCGAGGAGCCUGAGGCGGGCAAUAAGCAGAAGCCGCGCAGGAAGGCCAAGCGCGGCAAGAAGGAGGCGGAGGAAGACCCAGCCGCCAAGCUGCAGCUGGAGGUGGCCAUGGAGCCCGCCGAUGCCCCCAGCGAGGUGCUCAUGGUGGAAGUGGAGAACGUGGUCCAUGAAGACUUCCAGGUCACUGAGGAGGUGAAGGCACUGACUGCUGAGAUUGUGAAGACCAUCCGGGACAUUAUCGCCUUGAACCCUCUCUACAGAGAGUCGGUGCUGCAGAUGAUGCAGGCAGGCCAGAGGGUGGUGGACAACCCCAUCUACCUGAGCGACAUGGGGGCCGCGCUCACGGGGGCUGAGUCCCACGAGCUACAGGACGUGCUGGAGGAGACUAAUAUCCCCAAGCGGCUGUACAAGGCCCUCUCCCUCCUGAAGAAGGAGUUUGAGCUGAGCAAGCUACAGCAGCGCCUGGGCCGUGAGGUGGAGGAGAAGAUCAAGCAGACACACCGCAAGUACCUGCUGCAGGAGCAGCUGAAGAUCAUCAAGAAGGAGCUGGGGCUGGAGAAAGAGGACAAGGAUGCCAUCGAGGAAAAGUUCCGGGAGCGGCUCAAGGAGCUGGUGGUACCCAAGCACGUGAUGGACGUGGUGGAUGAGGAGCUGAGCAAGCUGGGGCUGCUGGACAACCACUCCUCGGAGUUCAACGUCACGAGGAACUACCUGGACUGGCUCACGUCCAUCCCGUGGGGCAAGCACAGCGACGAGAACCUGGACCUGGUGCGAGCGCAGGCCGUGCUGGAGGAGGACCACUACGGCAUGGAGGACGUCAAGAAGCGCAUCCUGGAGUUCAUUGCUGUCAGCCAGCUCCGAGGUUCCACCCAGGGCAAGAUCCUCUGCUUCUACGGCCCCCCUGGCGUGGGCAAGACCAGCAUCGCCCGCUCCAUCGCCCGCGCCCUCAACCGCGAGUACUUCCGCUUCAGCGUGGGCGGCAUGACCGACGUGGCUGAGAUCAAGGGGCACAGGCGGACCUACGUGGGGGCCAUGCCCGGGAAGAUCAUCCAGUGUCUGAAAAAGACCAAGACGGAGAACCCCUUGGUCCUCAUAGAUGAGGUGGACAAGAUCGGCCGCGGUUACCAGGGCGACCCGUCGUCGGCGCUGCUGGAGCUGCUCGACCCCGAGCAGAACGCCAACUUCCUGGACCACUACCUGGACGUGCCGGUAGACUUGUCCAAGGUGCUGUUCAUCUGCACGGCCAACAUCACGGAGACCAUCCCCGAGCCGCUGAGGGACCGAAUGGAGAUGAUCAACGUGUCGGGGUACGUGGCCCAGGAGAAGCUGGCCAUUGCGGAGCGGUACCUGGUGCCCCAGGCCCGCGUCCUGUGCGGCCUGGACGAGACCAAGGCCAAGCUGUCGUCGGAGGUGCUGACGCUGCUCAUCAAGCAGUACUGCCGGGAGAGCGGCGUGCGCAACCUGCAGAAGCAGGUGGAGAAGGGGCUGCCCGCCCGGCUGACCCCGACCCCUGCCCUGCAGGCGAAGCGCGCGGGCAUCACCUGCAUCGUGCUGCCGGCCGAGAACAAGAAGGACUUCUACGACCUGGCGGCCUUCAUCACCGAGGGGCUGGAGGUGCACUUCGUGGACCACUACGACCAGGUGUUCAGCAUCGCCUUCCCCGGCCCCGAGCGGCAGGCCGAGGCCGAGGCGCUGGCCGUGGAGCGGUGAUGGCCGCAGAGGCCCAGGGACACUGACGCCGGCCCCCGAGGGGCCGCGGCCCCGACACACGGCGCCCAAUCAUGGCGCGGCGCGCCCGGGCCCUCGUAUUUAAUCAUGAGUAAAGACGC